CGCGAGAGCGCGGCCGGCCGUGUCGCGCGCGGAGUCGCCGCUGGCUGCUGGUGACUGUCCUGGAGUGGCUGGAGUUCCCGCCGCAGCGCGGCCAGACUAAUUUUAGAAAAUGCCAAGUAGGAAGUUUGCUGAGGGUGAAGUGGUCAGAGGCCGAUGGCCUGGGAGCUCCCUUUAUUAUGAAGUAGAGAUUCUGAGCCAUGACAACAAAUCCCAGCUCUACACUGUAAAAUACAAAGAUGGCACCGAACUAGAACUGAAGGAGAAUGAUAUCAAGCCUUUAAAAUCCUUUAAGCAAAGAAAAAGUGGCUCGAUUUCCAGCUCUCCUUCUCGACGCCGCGGCAGCCGCUCAAGAUCAAGAUCACGUUCCCGAUCCCCAGGCAGGGCACCAAAAGGCUCCAGAAGAUCUGCCUCUGCUUCCCAUCAGGCUGACGCUAAGGAGAAGGAAAUGAGGAGGGAAAUUCUGCAAGUCAAACUGACUCCGCUUGUGUUGAAGCCGUUUGGAAACAGUGUCAGUGUGUACAAUGGGGAGCCCGAACACAUGGAGAAGAACGCUACGCCUUAUAAAGACAAGCAGGAAAGAAUCAUUUUGUCAACAGAAGACAGAUACACAGCUACACAGUACAGCCUUCGUCCCAGGAGAGAAGAGGUCAAAGCCAAAGAAGUAGAGUCUGAGGAACAAAACCUUGUCACCAAAGGACCUGCACCUUUGGGAACCUUUCAAGUGACCACUCCACAGAGGAAGGACUUGGAGUUCGGAGGAGUUCCUGGUGCGUUCCUCAUCAUGCUGGGCCUGCCCGCCUGCGUCCUCCUGCUGCUGCUGCAGUGCAGCCAGAAGGACCCCGGGCUGCUCCGCUUCCCUCCGCCUCUGCCGGCUCUCCACGAGCUGUGGGAACCCAGGGUGUGCGGCAUUUACCUCCUCUGGUUUUUUGUUCAAGCUCUCUUCCACCUUCUACCAGUCGGGAAGGUUGUAGAAGGAACACCCCUUGUUGAUGGAAGAAGACUCAAGUAUAGACUGAAUGGACUGUAUGCCUUUGUCCUGACGGCUGCAGCCCUGGGAGCAGCUGUCUCCUGGGGCGUGGAGCUGUGCGAUCUGUACACUCACUUCCUGCAGUUGGCGCUGGCAGCCACCGGGUUCUCUGUGGUCCUGAGUGUUUACCUCUAUGUGCGCUCUCUGCGAGCCCCGAGGGAGGAGCUGUCACCAGCCAGUUCCGGAAACGCUGUCUACGACUUCUUCAUUGGCCGAGAGUUAAACCCGAGACUUGGUGCUUUCGAUCUCAAGUUCUUCUGUGAGUUGCGCCCUGGAUUGAUUGGAUGGGUGGUUAUUAACUUGGUGAUGCUUUUGACGGAAAUGAAAAUUCAGGAGCGAGGUGCUCCGUCCUUGGCAAUGAUCUUGGUUAACAGUUUCCAGCUCUUAUAUGUGGUGGACGCCCUCUGGAAUGAGGAAGCACUGCUGACCACCAUGGACAUCAUGCACGACGGCUUUGGCUUCAUGCUGGCCUUUGGGGAUUUAGUGUGGGUUCCGUUUACCUACAGCCUCCAGGCCUUUUACCUGGUCAGCCAUCCCCAUGACUUGUCCUGGCCAUUGGCUUCUGUCAUCAUUGCUCUGAAAUUGUGUGGAUAUAUAAUCUUCCGCUGUGCAAACUCUCAGAAAAAUGCAUUCCGGAAGAAUCCCACUGAUCCAAAGCUUGCACAUUUAAAGACCAUUCAUACGUCCACGGGGAAAAGCCUGCUUGUUUCUGGAUGGUGGGGCUUUGUUCGCCAUCCCAAUUACUUGGGCGAUCUCAUCAUGGCUCUGGCGUGGUCCCUUCCCUGUGGCUUCAACCACCUCCUGCCCUAUUUCUACGUCAUCUACUUCACCGCGUUGCUUAUCCAUCGAGAGGCCCGGGAUGAACACCAGUGCAGGAGGAAGUACGGCCUGGCCUGGGAGAAGUACUGCCAGCGAGUGCCCUACCGCAUAUUCCCCUACAUUUACUGACCUGUGCUGCUUGCCGGGCAGCUCAGACCUCUCCCAGAAACAAGGGAAGUCCAAAUGAACUAAUGUGAUGCACUGACAGGAUCUCUAGGUUUGGUUUGAGUCAGGACUAUAGAGCCAAAUAGUACAUUCUUUUAAUGUAGUUGAGUUUAUUCUUAUUAAAGUAUGGCAGUUAAUGUAAGGGGAAUUACAAAGAUGGUAAAUUUUGCUUACUAAUAGGAAAUUUUUAAUCCCUAAAAAUCUUAACUUUUAUUUUUGUAGGGUUUUUUUUCCUUUUUGCCAUUUGAUUUUUCUUAAUUGAAAACUCUUAUUAAAGUACAUCUAUGUUUCAUUGUACUUAGAACAGAAUUCUCUUUAAGUCAGUUAUUAGUACAUCUACAUUUCAUUGUGCUUAGAACAGAAUUCUCUUUAAGUCAGUUUAUUAGUCUAUAAAUCAAGCAAAACCCAGCCCAAUAUUGGUGGUAUAUCUGAAGAAUAAGGGCAGAUUACUUGCAGGACCUGUUUAAAGGAAACCAUUCGUAGCAGUAACUCCACCUCAGCCUUUAAAAGUGCAUUGGGAAAUAUAAACACGUAGACUACUUUUAUGUAAUAUAUGGUGACUUUUGAUUUUUCUGUACAGUUUUUGAAUAUGAGAUAAUUGUCAGAACCUAAGUAGUUUUUUAACAGAAUAUUUUCAGUGUUUUAAAUUAAGUUUUGUAAAGUAAUGUGAAUUUAAAAGUGUAAAGCAAUUACAAUUCAUUUAAAGUUAAAACAUAGGAAAGUUAUUUUUCUUUAUCCAAAGUUUGUGAAUUUGGCUUUGCUACCUCAAUUUGCAGGUGUGUGUUUGCCUUUAUAAACUGUUGCAAAUAGGAAAAAAAAAUAUAUUUUUGAGUAACAGCGCUAUUUAAACAUUUUUACACACAUUGGUGUUGGAAAAAAUGCCAUUUUAGGCUACUAUUUUUAUAUAUUUUUUGACUUAAAAUUCAACAGUGUUUUUGCUACUGUUUAGCUAAUACAGUUUAUACUAUUUUGUAUUCUUUAUGUUUUUAGAACUCUAGAAAGGAGUUCUACCUGAUACAACUUUAAGUUUUCUCUCUGUUUAAUAGAUGUGUAUAAGCUGGUUGUAGCCUAGUGCUAGUGAGGUUGGUUAGUUUCCAGUCACUGCUGGAGCAGGACAUGUGGCAAGUUCACUAGAUUUUUUUAUUCAAAGCUGCAUUGUCCUCAGAGUAAACAUAAGGAUGCAGUAUAUAGAGUACAUUUGGGUUUCUAUUACACAUAUCACAUGUGAGCUAGAUGCAGAAUGUUCACAUCAUCCUGCUCCGUAGCUUAGAGUGUAAAGUGGCUGUGCUCGUCCGAUCGUGACGUGCUGCACUCUGCAGUCUCUAACCCUUCACUGUUUUACUAGUCCUAAGGUGUUCAGGUGUUUUUCUGUCAUGCUUUCGUUUCUACUGCAAUCGACAUGGUCUGUGUUAAUAAGCUUACAAGGAAACUUGGGGUUCUUUGCCUGGUUCUGAAAGGGCAGGCAGUGCCACAGUAUCUGGAUAUUAGGUGCAAGUUGUUUUUAAUUUGAUGUUUGGCAAGCUUUGUAAUAAAAUUUUGGUUGGAAACAGAAAGUUGAAAAUAAAGAGUUGCUGUUAGAGCCUCA